ACGCUGAUAAAUGCAGCGCGGACUCACUUCGUCUAGAAAACGUUAGUGCUGUUGUGUUUACGGWGAAAAGUUUGCAAAAGAAUCCACUAAAUUCAUCAUGAGUAAAGCCCAUCCACCAGAGUUAAAGAAGUAUAUGGAUAAAAAGUUAUCAUUAAAGUUAAAUGGUGGUCGACAUGUAACUGGAGUUCUGCGUGGUUAUGAUCCAUUUAUGAAUUUAGUMCUUGAUGAGACUAUAGAAGAAGUAUCAGGAUCAGAAAAGCAUGUAAUAGGAAUGGUGGUAAUUAGAGGCAAUAGCAUUGUUACAAUGGAGUCACUGGAUAGAAUUUGAUAAACUGUCUUAUAUACAUUAAUGGACACUUACAUGUACCAUCUUACAAGCCUGGGYACAGGUGUCUAUGUCAGGAUGUCAUACUUGGCCAAUAUCAAACAAAAAUAGACACUUUAGUCUAUUAUAAGUUCAACUUUUUAGUUUAUCAAGUGUAUAUAGAUGUCUGAUUCCGAUUGUAAAUAAAAAGUAAGAAUUGAACCUGC